CCAGAUAACUCCACAAAUUCAGGCUUAGGGAUAUGAUACAGGAAAGUGUCUAUGGAGACUGGUGUAAUUCCCACUCGGCUAAUUCAUUAGAUGAGUGACAAGUUGUAAAGUUAUCAGGUAUGAAACUCCCAGACAGGUAGAGCUCAUGGUUUAAUCAAAGUAUGAACCUCAAGGGCGUUGCUAAUUCACAUAUAAAUGAGGAAGUGGAUGCUUUGCCUGGUUUAGUGAUUCGAUUUGGUAGAUAUAGCUGAAAAUGGACAAGUGCUUUAUUUAAGAAUGGCUGCAUCAGAAUUAGGUAUGAACUUAUCUGUUCCUAACAGAAGAAAAGUAAAUUUGACACAAAACUUCAAGGAGGAAAACAGUUUCUUUUAUAUAAAGCACCAAUAACCUGAAGUUUAGCACCGGUCCACAUAAAAUUUCAACAUGUUUGUUGUUUUAGCUUUCAAUUACAGUUUAAUAUAUGGCAUAAUGUGUGCAUGAACAUGCCUCUUGAAUCUUGGCCGAGUGUUGGACCUUGCAUAGGAGAUAAGAUGUUGAGACUGAAAAACAGAGGAGAACAUAGGAGAUAAAAUCACGGCAUGCGAGAAAUACAACUGACCUCUUUUUUUUCUUUCUCUCUUUUCCUUUCUAUAGAGAAGAUUACAAGUUGGUUGGAGACUAACUGAUUCUUUCUUUUAUCUAAUUCUAAAUCUAACCUCAACUGUGGAACUGUUAAAGCUAAACUCAAUUAACUCUGAAACUAAUUUUGUAACUGCAACAUUCUGUCAAACAUGCCACCUCAAGUGAAAUGGGGACACCUUCACAUUGAGCUCGACCUUAAGGAUGUUGAACUGGGAUAUAGAUAAGGGCUUUGUUAGUAUAUCAGCUACCCGAUCUUUUGUAGGUACAUACCGAAUGUCUAACUCCUUCUGCGGCACUUUGUCACGUACAAAAUGGACAUCUACUUCCAUUUGUUUGGUGCGAGCAUGUGUAACCAGUUUUGCAGUAAUGCAAGCUACCCUAAUGUUUUCACACCAGAUUACAGGACAUGAAGAAUUAAGGACUUGUAGAUCUUUUAAGGCUUGCAACCAGGUCACCUCUGCUGCUGUGUGAGCCAAUGCUUUGAAUCAAGACUCAGUGUUGGACCUUGCAACUAACUUUUGCUUACGUGAACUCCAUGAGACAAUGUUAGGACCAAGAAAAACAUAGAAGCCAUUAACAGACCUUGGAUCGUCAACACAUCUGACCCAAUCAGCAUCUAAGAAGCUAGUGAGACUAAAUGCAGAAGCUGAUUGAAUGUGUAGGCCAUGAUCAAUACUCCCAUGCAAGUAUCUCAAGACUCAUUUACAAACUUUCUGACGCAUAUCAGUUGGAAAAUGUAAAAACUGACUUGAUUUGUUUAUAAUGUAUGAUAUUUUAGUCAAGUAAUCAUGAGAUAUUGUAAUGCCCCUACAGUGUUGUGAUGCAACUUCUCAUUGUUCAAGUUAGGUGCACUAGAAAUGGAUAGCUGUAAGCCCAUAAUUGCUAGUGUAGGGCAACUUUUGGCUGGUUCUAUGUUAGUUCAUUUUAACAAGUCAAGUAUAUAUUUGGACCAAGUUAGAUAAAGUCCUAUGGAAUCCCAAAACACUUUAAUUCCAAGAAAAUAAUGCAAAGCUCCUAAGUCCUUUAGCGAAAAGGAGUUAUGAUUCUCUAAUUAUGAUCAAUGUGUAAGUUGUUAAUUGAUUGAGAUCAUUCUUUCCUCGUCACAAUGUAUGAGCUAUUUGUUGAUUGAGAGGAUCGGUGUCAGCCAUCCCAGAGAUAGAGAUGCUCUCAUCAAAUCACUACAACAAGUCAUUGAAGCUCAAGGAGCCUUGGGACUUGUGAGAGAACAAAGUAGUCCUCUUCUAAAUUUUUAUACCCGGAGGAGCAUAACCAACUUCCAUGCAGGUCCAGCCAACUGUGAUGACUUCGCUCAAAGCUUCAUUUCAAUAUCUAAGGUGUAAACAAGUCUAUACACCCAUAUAAAUUUGAGUCAAGAGCUGGCAACAAGUCACGUGGGCAUCGUUCCAAAGUUGGGAAAAAAAAAAAAAGGAAACUAGAGAAUCCAAAUAUUUAACAAGUCGUGAAAGCUACUCAGUAUUUGAAGUUUAAUUAGAAACUGGACCACAUGAAUGUUCUCUGUAUGUGAGUUGUAAAUGACCUGUAAACUUUGACUAGGAAAGAGGGUUGCUACAACAGUCAUUCUGUUAUUGGUCCUUACUUCAACUUGUUGUAUAAACUAAUUCCUAGUCCACUUUAAGAGGUAUGGAAAAUUAAAUGUGGAUGGGGAUGUGGGUGAGAUGUUCUUCUCUAAGUCAUACAAAUCAUUCAUAUAUUUAACUCAACGGACCCCACCAUUGAAUGCCAAUAAAAACAAUGACAUGAAUAGAUUUCCGGAGUUAUGGCUAACGAUGGAGAGUUACAUUGACUUUGAUAUAUGAAGCAACCUAUGCAAAAUCUAACAUGGGGAAAGAAAAAUAUAAGGAGACUUGGAAAGCACCUAAAAUCUCAGGCAUUUUCUAUCUAGGAACAACUAUGGAUUCUCUUACAACAGUUGCAGUUAUCUUCUCCUAUGUAUUAUCCCUCUUAAGAAUCUCCGUGGCAGUAGACACCAUAAUUGUAAAUCAAAACAUUACAGAUGGUGAGACCAUCACUUCAGCGGGUGGGAGCUUUGAACUGGGUUUCUUCAGUCCAGGAAAUUCCAAGAAUCGAUACUUGGGGAUAUGGUACAAGAAAGUGGCUACUGGGACAGUGGUAUGGGUUGCCAAUAGAGAAAGUCCACUAACUGAUUCAUCGGGAGUUUUAAAGGUCACUGAGCAGGGAAUUCUUGUUCUGGUCAACGGUACUAAUGGAAUUCUUUGGAAUUCUAAUUCAUCACGUUUUGCAGAGGAUCCAAAUGCUCAGCUUUUGGAAUCUGGAAAUCUUGUUAUGAGAAGUGGCAAUGAUAGUGACUCAGAAAACUUCUUCUGGCAGAGUUUUGAUUAUCCAUGCGAUACGCUUCUACCAGGCAUGAAGUUUGGAAGGAACAGAGUAACAGGCCUGGAUCGAUACCUGUCAUCGUGGAAGAGUGAUGAUGACCCUUCUAAAGGUAAUUUUACUUAUGGGAUUGAUCUAAGUGGAUUUCCACAACUAUUAUUGAGGAAUGGUUUAGCUGUAGAGUUUCGUGCUGGACCAUGGAAUGGUGUUCGAUAUAGUGGAAUACCUCAAUUAACAAACAACUCAGUUUAUACAUUUAAUUUUGUUUCUAAUGAAAAGGAGAUAUAUUUUAUUUAUUCUCUUGUUAACAGCUCAGUUAUUAUGAGGCUUGUGUUAACUCCUGAUGGUUAUUCACGAAGAUUCACAUGGACUGAUCAAAAAAAUGAAUGGACUCUUUACUCAACCACACAGAAGGAUGACUGUGACAAUUAUGCAAUAUGUGGAGUAUAUGGAAUCUGUAAGAUUGAUGAAUCUCCAAAAUGUGAGUGUAUGAAGGGAUUUAGGCCAAAGUUCCAAAGCAAUUGGGACAUGGCAGACUGGUCAAAGGGAUGCGUUCGAAGUACUCCACUGGAUUGUCAAAAGGGUGAUGGAUUUGUAAAGUACUCUGGUGUGAAACUGCCAGACACGCGGAACUCCUGGUUUGAUGAAAGCAUGAACCUUAAGGAAUGUGCUUCCCUGUGCUUGAGGAACUGCUCUUGCACUGCUUAUGCAAAUUCAGAUAUCAGAGGAGGAGGAAGUGGAUGCUUGCUCUGGUUUGAUGACUUGAUUGACAUCAGAGACUUCACUCAAAAUGGGCAAGAGUUUUAUGCAAGGAUGGCUGCAUCAGAAUCAGAUGCUUUGUCAAGCCUAAAUAGCAGCUCCAAGAAGAAGAAAAAGCAAGCCAUUGCCAUCUCUAUAUCAAUCACAGGAGUAGUUCUUUUAAGUCUGGUCUUAACCCUGUGUGUGCUAAAGAAGAGGAAGAGGCGGCUAAAGAGAAGAGGAUACAUGGAACACAAUAUUGAGGGAGAUGAAACCAAUGAAGGUCAGGAGCACCUAGAGAUACCAUUAUUUGACUUGGAUACAUUAUUGAAUGCCACCAAUAACUUUUCUAGUGACAAUAAGCUUGGAGAGGGUGGUUUUGGGCCUGUCUACAAGGGAAUAUUGCAAGAGGGACAAGAAAUAGCAGUGAAGAUGAUGUUAAAAACUUCUAGACAAGGAUUAGAAGAGUUAAAAAAUGAAGCUGAAUCCAUUGCAAAACUUCAACAUCGAAAUCUUGUAAAGCUUCUUGGAUGUUGCAUUCAUGGCAGAGAAAGGAUGUUGAUCUAUGAAUACUUGCCCAACAAAAGCUUGGACUUGUUUAUUUUUGAUCAAAUGCGAAGCGUGGUACUAGAUUGGCCCAAGCGCUUUCACAUCAUCAAUGGGAUAGCUCGAGGCCUUCUCUAUCUUCAUCAAGAUUCUAGACUCAGGAUAAUCCAUAGAGAUCUCAAAGCAGAAAACAUUUUACUAGAUAAUGAAAUGAGCCCCAAAAUUUCAGACUUCGGAAUAGCAAGAAGUUUUGGAGGAAAUGAAACGGAAGCAAAUACAACAAGAGUGGCUGGAACAUUAGGUUAUAUGUCUCCAGAGUAUGCAAGUGAAGGAUUGUAUUCCACAAAAUCCGAUGUUUUUAGCUUUGGUGUUUUGGUGUUAGAGAUUGUAAGUGGGAAGAGAAACAUAGGAUUUAACCACCCAGAUCGCAACAUUAAUCUUCUUGGGCAUGCAUGGACACUCUAUAAAGAAGAUAGGUCUUCAGAAUUUAUUGAUGCAUCAUUGGGGAACACCUGCAAUCUAUCUGAAGUUAUACCCAUAAUCAAUUUGGGCCUAUUAUGUGUGCAACGUUUUCCAAAUGAUCGACCAAGCAUGCAUUCUGUGGUUUUGAUGUUGAGUAGUGAGGGUGCACUACCUCAACCCAAAGAGCCUUGUUUCUUCACUGAUAGGAGUAUGAUGGAAGCAAGUUCUCCAUCUGGUACUCAAUCCCCCAUCACGUUGUUGGAAGCUCGAUAGAAUAAGAUGUUUCACGUUAAUGUUUUGUUAUCUCUAGACCUAUGACCAUAUAAGCUUAAAUUUCAUGUCUCAAUUACUUUUAGUAACUCCUCUCAACCUUGAUUCAUCUAAGAUGUUAUUAGGUGAUCAAUAUUUUUUGCUGCUUUUUAUAAGGAUGGUGAUAGUUAUUCAUAGUAUAUAAGUUCAAUAAUAAAAGAUGACCAUAUAAUAAAAGCUAUUCUUUUUAAAGA